AUGGAGGCCAGUCAACAUGAUCGCGAGAAGCAGUGGGCAUACGAGCUAGACCAGCAGAUCCGCGCCCUCUCGACCAUGUGCUCGCUCGUGAUGGACAAGUUUCCCAACGACAGCUCGAAGCCCCCAGCGCACACAAACCCCAAGCACAGAGAAGCGGUGGCUUUGUCUGUGCUCCUAAUACGCGAGCCUGGAGAGAACGUGACAGUCGCCGCGGCGGUGGACGCGCUUUCGAGCCGGCCGUACCACGAGCUGGUGGUUGCUACGAACAUGGACCAAGACGCCGGAAGCAGUAACUACAAGUACCUCUUCGCGCCGGACGAGAUCACCGACUGCGAGGUCCUUCCCGACUCUGAUUCUCCCCCGGACGGCUUCGAUAGACAUGUCAAGGUCUUUGGCACGCUUCUCCGGGCAUACCACAACCAUUUCCAACAGCCAACCAAGCGAGCAAGAUUCAAGCGCGCGUUUUUGACAUAUUCCCUGGGCGCGGGACUGCCUGAGUACGUCCAUCGGCUCAGCUUUGGUGUCGAGCAGUCGAGCUUCGUGUCGUUUAUUCUCAGCGACCUUCCGCACUUCGGAGAAGACUUCGAACCCUUGACCUUCCUGGCGAAAGAUCAACCUAAGAUUUCGUCGAUGGGUAUGACGCUUGUAGAUGCUGUCAUUCGGGUUGUCCAGCAGGCUCUUCAUAGGAAAGAGGAUGUGGAGGUUGACGACGCUUACGAGCUCAGACUGCGUCAAGCGAUGGCAUCGCUGAAGAAGGGCGAGUUCGAUCACGAUUGCGCGUACGCCUUACAUAUCAUACUCAGGAUUCGUCUGCGGUGGGUCUUCAAAGAUAUCGAGAGGGCGCUUUCCUCGGUGUCUAACCACGAAGCUCCUGAAAGCAGAACCCCAGAUCCGCUCCACUGGACCACGACGCUGCUACAAUGGGACCACAUGGUCACCGGGCUCAAGGACUUGCUCGAUAUGUACGGAACCUGCAUCGACACCCUCAAGAACGGAGCCACUCUCAUGGACGAAAACACUCCUAAGAAAGGAACCACUCUCGCGAACGAAAACGCUCCCAAGGACGGAGACGCCCCCAAGGACAAGACCACUCCCAAAAACGAAGACCAUUCCUCCACCUCCACCGUCUCCUUCAACCACUCCACCCACCCCCACCUAACAACCCUCUUCCGCACCCCCCGCCUCACCCCCCUCACCCGCCUCCCCUACGGCACCGCCCUAACCGCCUGGCUCCGGCACACAACCUCGCAACCGCGCGCCGCCCGCACCCUCCUGCACCCGCGCUGCGCCGCGCUCGCCGCGCUCGCCUCCCACCUCACCAUCCUGCCCCUCAGCGCCACUCCCCCCGCAGACCCGAAAAUGGACCGCCACAAAGCGGCCUUCAGCCUCGUGUUCCCCGGGUCCGUGCUCCCGCGCGGCCUGCACGGCUGGCCCGCGACGCUGAAGAGCCACCUCAGCGGCGACACGGCGUUCCAGGACCUCUGGCAGCGGCGGUUUCCCGGCAGCGUGCCGCAGGAGGCGCAGGUGCUGAUGGCACUGGCGCGGGUAGGGCGGGUGCGGCCGCCGAGCAGGGCGAUGCCGGUGGUGGCGAGCGCGAGACUGCCCGCGGUGGGCGCGGCGGUGGUGGCGGAUAGGGUGGUGGAGGCGGUUUGGGGGAGGCCGUGGGAGGGUGUGCGGAAGGCGGAGCCGGGAAGGAGGGUGGAGGGGGGGAAGAAUGGGAAGAAGAUGAAGGUGGGGCAGAGGAGUGGGUGUGGGUGCAGUGGGGAGGUGGCGCCGUUUUGUGUGCCGGAGGGGUUGGCGGGGACGGUGGUGGAGGGGAUUCGGGAUGUGGUGGUUCAGGAGGUCAGGGCGAGGAUUGGGGAGAGGGAGGUGAGGGGCCUGGGGGAGGGGUUGAGUGAGGAGGUGAGGGAGUUGAAUGAGAGGAAGCGGACGAGGGGGCAGGGGUCGUUGAUGCGGCAUCGGGAGAGGAGGGGGGAGGAGGGCAAGGCGAAGCGGAAGGAGAAGUGGGAGCAGAAGAAGGAUUAUUAUAAUAACAGGAAGAGGGCGAAGCGGGAGGAGGGCGAGAAGAACAGGGCUGAGUGGGAGAGAUAUCAGGCGGAGCAGAAAGAGGCUCUGCAAGCUGGCGAGGGGGCGAUUGUUGAGCAGGAGGCGGACAAGAAGUCAGAGGAUGUGAAAGUCAAGCCGGAGGCAGACGAGUAAUCAUGUCUGCAAUACGACCUGUUGGGAAUUAGAUGGCUCGGAAAGACGGGCUGUCAAAGGAGCUGAGAGCUGGAAGAUAGAGGUUUUUGGGAGAGCCAUCUCGGAUCGGAUCGGCAGAGAGCAAGGAUGUGAUAAAGCUGCUUGGGUACACUGUUCAGCUAGAGCAUGUAUGCUACUGGACGGGUCUACAAUUUGAAGUGGAUGGACAGUUCAUAUACUCAGAGUAUUGGCCUCUAGGCUUGAGUAAUGUGCACGUUCCAUUAGCUUGC